AUGGCCUGGAUGGAAAAGAAGGUUCCAUAUCAAUAUCGGAACAUCGAGAAGCUCUAUCCGCGUUUCCAUUCGAAUGCCGAAUUCAGGAAAUUCAUUCUUCAAACGGUCAUCGACAAAAUGGAAAACGCAAGAAAAGCCAUUCCUGAAAGCUUUUUUGCUCGUUCACGCAAACUUCGCGAGUACGACGAAAAGGUGACGAUCUUGCAAGACAAAGGAAGAGCAAGAUUGCCACGUCUCGGAGAAUUCCAGGAAUAUCUCUUUUGGGUUUACAUGUACGUCUUUUGUCGCAAGGCAGACAAGAUUAUGGCGAAGAUAGCCGGAAUGAUGGACUUGUUCAAGGAGUUCGACAAACGGCAAAAGGAAAUAAAGCCAAAUGAGAUCCAACAUUGA